CAUAAAAAAAAUGUACAUGAAAACUGAAACUGAAAGAUAUGAAUGACACCUCAAAUGACACGGUCAAAGUCAAAUAGGACCAUUUUUCACGAUUUUUCCUAACGGUGAUAAACUUGAAAAAGUACUCUAGUCUCGAGAAAGAAACUGUAAAAAUGACGGAAACUGACGCCACAAAAAGACCGCUUACAAUGCCCGAAAAGUUUAUACCGUAUCUUGAAAAGUAUAGAGUUUAUAAAGUUUUCAAGGACAUGACCGAAGAUUUAAUUGUCCAUCUCCCGAAGGACCACCUUAAACACAUGAAGGUAUUCCUUGGACGACAUUUACAUAGUACAGGGGACAUAGAGCGUAUCAUGAUGCUCGUUUCUCCCAAUCUAAAAAUAGAUAUCAAAAGUUUGACAAAAGAGCUGAUAAGAGAUAUGGGAUUCAUAGUAAUAACUCGCCGAUGUGUGAUGGACCGUUACGAAAGGCAUGAUGACUACAUCCCAGGCUGUAUCUCGCCGGUGCUGAUGUCAGAGGUCACGAAACAGCUUGCUUGCAAGGAGCCCGUCGCUCAAGCUGGCUGGCUUAUGUUCGAUCACCCGUGCACAGUCCGCGAGGCGCGCUGCCUGCAGCAGGACGGCAUAUUCCCGACCGUGACCCUGGUGCUGACGCCGACGCCGCCGCAAGCGCCGCCAGCUGACGACCCGCUCACUCCUUCUAGAAACUUCUUCCAGCAGGACUUUGAAGGACUCAAGUUUGCGUAUAAAGCUACGCUCAAAGAAGUGUACAUCGACCCCGAUGACGACGUAAUGAAGAUGUCGACCAAGUGCUUCAACGCGAUCCGCGCGUGCGCCUCGGGUCUGCAGCACACGCGUCACGGGUACCACGUGGUGGGCGCGCCCGGCGUGUACCGCGUGGUGCUGGUAGGGCCGCGCGGCUCGGGCGCACGCACGCAAGGGCUCCAAGUGGCCAAGCAUUUCGGACUGAUAUACAUGAAUUUCGCCGAUCUCUACAAAGAAGCUUUAGAGAAGGAUGACGAAGUGGGCGAUAAACUUCGGAAAUUUGGACCCAGCUCCCAGCUCAGGGCCGAAAUACUGCGGCGCCGCAUCCUGAAGAAGGAUUGCGUUGACCUUGGCUGGGUGCUCAGCGGAUUCCCGGCCAACGGGUUGGACUUUGAAAACCUGGAUAACAUGUCCACUCCACCUAAUCGCAUUAUAUUCCUGAACGCGGACUGGCAGACAUGUAAGAAACGGCUCAUGUCCCAGGCCAUUGACUGGUGUACCGGGCGUCCCGCAGUUCCUGGAUCGGGGCCUCGUGUGCUGCCCCAUCCGACGGACACUGAAGCGCACAUAGACUAUGAUUUAGACUACUACUUCACGGAGGCGUUGGCGGAGCUUCGCGCGGCGGCCGGCAUCACCGCGGUGGAAAUUGACGCCAAUCAGCCUUUCGAUACUGUGCAUGUAAAAAUUCUAGCCGCAGUCAUGGCGUCACCGGCUUUCGACAUAGAAAACGGCUCUCAGCUGAGAAAUGUUCGCGGUGACUAAUCUUAGCUUGAAAUGGAAUUGGCAAUUUUAUAGCGCAAUAAUAUAAAAUCGAUUGAAGAUCGAAUCUUUUGUUCGAACACUUGCCAGUUUUCAUAGGCGUAAACUAGU